AAAUGCAACCCGUAUGAGUGUCCGAAAGUACGGCAGUGACAGCGACAAUGACGACAUCUUGGACAAUAUGCUGCAAACGAAUGAAUGUUGUGGUGGUGAUCAUUGGACUGAUUUCAAAGAACAUGCCACCGAGUGGGAAAGGAAAAAUAAAGGCUACGAAGUCCCCUUGUCUUGCUGCAAACUUAACGACCCUAGUGAAAGAAUAAUCGAAAGCAACCUGGUUGAACGCACGUGUCCCACUCGACCAACACGGAUGAAUUCGUACAUAGGCAAAGCUUGUAAUGAGCAAGGUGGUCCAUUUACCGGCUUACUUCGGGUAUUCUUCUAUGGAAUCAUGGGAGUUGUGUUUGGACUGAUAGCAGUCGAGCUCGUUGGUAUAAUCUUCGCCAUAUGCCUCAUCCGAUACAUCGGAGAUCCACGAGCAGUUCCGGUGUAA